CUAACUGCGUUGGACCUUUCAUCUGACAGUGGUCAAUUUUCGCUGGAGCGAGGAAUGCUGCAACUAAGGGGUAUUCUUGGGUUCUAUAUCGCUAAAGAGAUGGAGUUGACACACGAGCGAGAAGUGCUUGAAAUAUGUGUUGACUCGAGUUAUAUUACGUGGCUACGUGCUUUUACCAGGCCUGAUGAAGUACAUGAAAUAAUGAAGGUUGGACCAAGGGCUGAAGUUGCAUGA